UCGAUUUUCGUACGCUUCGCAAAACGCAAGAUGUAGAGGGCGUCCUCGUAGAUAUUCCAACGUUGAAAAGGACUAUAGUGGCGAUGCUCGCAGCGAGGGUCAGUGAGAAAAGCGAACGAGAGAGCGAGGAUCAGUGUGGUGCUCGCGGCUAUCAGUGGGCUGCCAGUGGUUGCCCUGGGCACCACCUGCGCGGAUGGAGCCUACUCGUGUACCCAGGGGCCCUGGUCCGCGUCUCGUUUUUCUCUUUGCCACGCUCGUUCUUACCUUUGCAGCAACCGGCUUGUUGUGUGGAGCAAUAAUGACCGAUCAUUGGGAAGAGGUUGGCUGGGAUAAAGAAGCUCUCACUCAUGCUAACGUUAGCCUCACAUGGUUGGACGAUCAAGUGGCAAUGUUAGAGACACCGACUGCUCACAGAAAUCAUCAUCGAGGUAGACGUGGCUCUUUCUUGGUGCCCAUGCACGGUGGAAUCUGGACGAUGUGCGUCUCGUUAUCGGACGACGAAAUACAACUACUGGGUCAGGUGGGCUUUCCGCAAGAGAGAUGCAUUAACUACUUGACACCCGACGAGGCACAUGAAGAAAUCCGUGCUGCGUGGCAGAAUCGGAUGCAGAAUUUAAGUAUUUCUUGCUCCCUCGUUUGUUUGAUAAUCCUUGGCACCGCCGUGCUAAUAGGAUUUUUUGGCUUGUGCAGACAUCAAAUAUCGGCCGUUCUUGUUACAGGAGUGAUGUAUUUAUUGGCAGCGACAUUUGCGCUCUUCACGUUAACCAUCAUCCACUUCAAGAGAGCUCAAGAUCGAGGUAUUCGUAUAAUUAAUGGUCCGGAAGAUGGCGUGAUAGGCGGACCGGUGUCACGUGCCAUUUUGAAAGCACGUCGUUUUACGACCUCUUGGAGCAUGGAUUUCGGAUGGGGUGGUGUAACCCUGUGCGCUCUCGCAUCGGUAGCUUGGAUUUUGCUUAGCAAGAUAAUGCGUUUCAGUCCAAUCGCAGCCAUGAUCGCGUAGCAGUGGGAAGCCUUCGAGGUCUAAGGUCAUUUUACGACUUGUGUCUAUUGCGAUAGAGGGUUCCUGAAGUAAGAUGGGAAGAACGAGAAGACGAGAGAGGAGUCGAAGAUACAUCGAAGCGAAGAAGAGGAAUAAAGAUCGUACGUACGUGCGUCUCUUUUUAUGCGUGAUUCGAAUCACACGUGGAUGUGAUAAAAAAAGAAAUACGCGAGAUACGAUAAUAUAUUAUUAGAUCGACGAUGUGUCGGAUAAAAAUAUCGUUCCAUUGCUCUUCCAGGGUAUAGGUUAUAUUGUUGAGCUUCGAAGCGUAACUACGAUCUAACGAUUUGAUAAGGAUUUAAAUACGAAUCGUCCGAUAAAGUUCUGCAGUAAGUCGAUGACCGAUCAUUUUUAUAAACAUUAUAUAUUUAAUACGGAAUAUCGGCCUGCUGCUGUACUUUUACCAUUUUAGAAAGCUUUUGCAUUUGAUGGCGGUGUAAGUGUUGUAAAUGUCGUGGAAGAUACGCACGUAAUUAUGAUCAUAGUUAUAAAGUUUCGAUCUUUGCAGUAUCAGAAAGUCACGUUGGCAUCCGUUUUGAAAAAUCUCUAUCGAGCAUGAAUAUUCACUGAAAUUGACCAUCUCGAAGGCACUAUAAAUUUCUCUAUACAAAGAACAUUAGUUUAUGUACGCUUCGUACACUUUAUACUUAGGUUUAUCUUUACAAAACACAUGACAGAAUAGUUAUGAUUGUGGCAGGCAGUUAGAUAAUAUUCUAAAUACAAUAUUUUGUACCGGUUAAUAAGAAUCCCUAUCAUUUUAGAUAGCUUAUUUUGACAUGAGUGAAUAUUGAUUGGAGGGAUUUGUUUUAUGUAGAUACUUUUAGAGAUCAAAUUUAAUUUUUAUUCUCAUUACAAUGCCUAUAUAAAUUUUCAUUGAAGGUCUUAUUCGUAAGAGAAUUUGACUUUCGUAAGGUUUCAGACUGAAAGAACAAACAGUAUUUGCCCUUGUAUUUUAGCUUUUGUUUACAGUCAAAUUAUGUCAUAUUAUUAGAAACAGCUACUUAACAAACAAAAAUUUGAGAAGAAUUAAUAUAGAUAAAUUGAAUGAAAAUUUACUUAUUAUUUGAUAAAGUUUUAAAAAUUAAAAAUACAGUAACUGUUUCUGGUAAUUUGGCUUUAGUCAAUUAAAAUAAAAAAGGCGUAUUGAAGAUUAUAAGAAUCAGCUGAUAUAUCCUUUGGAUAUAUUUAUGGAUUCUAAAUGGAUUCUAAAUAUAUCUAAAAAUUGCUUUUCUUCCGUAUAUAGCUGCAUUAAUUUCUGUAAAAUUUAUGAAUUUUUUUUUAUAUAUAUUAUCAAUAUUUAGUAAUAAGCAAAGUCAUUUAAUAACAAUUAGUAUCAUUGAAAAUUUAUACUAGUCUGUAUAGUUAUCAUUAUCUUAUUAACAGUUCAAAUAGUUUGCUUCUCCUUUGUUUUCUAUAUUUCUGAAAUAGUUCAAAAGUAAAGUAAAAUUUUUUAAACUUGUCUUUUCAAGAUUUAAUCUUGAAAUAUGAUAAAAUUUUAUUCUCUUAUUUAGUACAAUCCAAUCGCCUUAUAAAUAGAGUAAUAAGCAUGUUUGUAAAGUGCAUAGUUUAGUAUAAUAUCGUUCCAGCCAAUAUAAGCAACGAUCGAAUAUGUGCGAUAAGAAAAUAGCUUUUGCUACGACUUGUUACAGCGAAAAUGAAAUUUAAGCCAACAAAAUAUAUUGCAAAUGAAAGGAUUGUGAAUUACGAUUCGUCCAUUAAUGUUUAAGGAAGAACAAAAAAAAAAUAAAAUAAAAUAAUCAGGUAUUUUGGAUAAAUAAUGCCUGACACUUGGAAAACGAGCUUUGGUAAUAAAUAAGAAAUUUUAAAAUUUUGAUGAUAGGUGCAAAACUGUUGUCCAAGUGAUCAUAAAGAAAAAUAUUAUUUGAAAGGAAAAAAAUUUUUUCAUAAAUAACAUUUUCUUAAUUAUCAUAUUUUUUACCUGAUGCUUGUUGUUUGUUAUAUCAGAGUUAAUGUAUCGCAAAUGCAAUAAAAAAACCUACAAAAUA